CUCAGACUCACACACUACACACACGGAUGCGUCAGGGCGCGCAGUCGGUCAGGAAGUGCACAGCGCGCACAGUUGCAUACCUAUCGCAGUAUAAUGAGUCAAGUAGGGCUUAAUAGGUAAACUUCGAAAUGCCUAAAGCGACUCGCAAAAAGAGCACAAGGGAUCUGUUAGGGACUGGGCUCUCAGAAGGGUCCCGUUUAGAAAGGAGAACCCACGAGCCGCACGCUCCAAGCAUGGCCAUCCCGCAGGUUACUAUCACCCCUGAGUACGGUUCGUCACUGGAGCUGCAGCAGGAGGACUGGGGAUCAACUGAGGACGGGACGCUGCGCAGAACACGCUCCAGCACGUCCAUCUCAUCCACGGGCUCUUCCACCCUAGAGUCUGAAGACGACCUGCUCAGUGACAGCGAGAGCAAGGGCCGUGGCAUUGUGACCUUAGAGCAGCUGGGGGAUUCGUGUGAGGUCAGGUCAUGGUCGAAGCUCAAAACUUUUGUUCGCUGGCCGCUUCGAGGCUCUCUCAAGAGAAAAGUCAACUGGGUGCAGCUGGCAGGCCACAAAGGGAGUUUUAAAUCAGCAGAGGAAGGCACUAUUCUGAAAAAGCUCUGUGACAAUGAGAGGCAGUGUUUUGAGAAGCUCCAAGAGGACAGCCUGCUGCCCUUUGUGCCACAGUACCACGGGGUGGUGGAGAGUGAUGGACAGGGUUUCCUUCACUUGAAUGACCUGCUGGUGCCCUUUGACCAGCCCAAUGUCAUGGACUGUAAGAUGGGCAUAAGGACGUAUCUUGAGGAGGAGCUGGUGCGUGCUCGAGAGCACCCCCGCCUCCGAGAGGACUUGUAUAAGAAGAUGGUGGAGGUGGAUAGAGAGGGGCCCACAGCAGAGGAGCACUCCCAGGCUGCAGUCACCAAACCCCGCUACAUGCAGUGGAGAGAGACACUGAGCUCCACACAUACACUGGGCUUCAGGAUCGAGGGCAUCAAGAAGAGUGAUGGGACAUGCCGGACCGACUUUAAGAAAACACGCUCUCAGCAGGAUAUUAUCAAGAUCUUCCAGGACUUUGUUGGGGGGAGCAUUGUCAUCCUGCAAUCGUACUUGAGCAGACUCACAGAGAUUCAGCAGGCCCUGACCAAAUCACAGUUUUUCAAGCAGCACGAGGUGAUUGGAAGCUCUCUGCUCUUUCUCCACGAUGCAUCAGGCAAGGCACAGGUGUGGAUGAUAGACUUUGGUAAGACCACAGCUCUCGCAGAGGGACAGCUGCUACACAAUGUGCCCUGGAAGGAGGGAAACCGUGAGGAUGGAUACCUGUGGGGUCUGCAGAACCUCAUCCAGACCAUAGAGGCCACAAUAGAAUCCUGCAGCCAUAACAACCAGACUGUGCUAACACCCACCCACAACUCAUGACCUUUAUAUUACGGAUAUAGUUAACUAUUAAUAAGAUUGUGAAAUAGUUCUUUGGUGAGUGUUAAAAUACAAGUUAUUCUGGUGUAGGGAACUUUGUUACCCAGCAACUGGUCCAAAAUAUGGUUAUGCUCAGGCCAAAUGACACUGGAGAAAGGUCCCUCACAUACCCAGCAGGACAACAGUCAAAUCCUCCUUUUUGCCUACGUUUCUGUGAGACACACAAAUGGAUAUUUCACAGCAGAUCCACGUGGACUGUUUGCAUCUGUUAUUACAAAACAAAUAAAACACAAAAGGAGAAGGUGUGGAAUUAUGUUAAGAAACACACCAUUUACAACCAAACAUUAUUAUUUAUUUGUAUAAUACAAUUGUUUGCUGUUAUAGGGGUAAUGGUAAUGUGAGAAAUCAGGAGACAGCAAAUUGUAUUAGUAUGUUCUACAAGCUACAUACAUAACCAUCAAUGUGAAUUAUUCUGCUGUAAAAAUAUAUAUAUAUAUUUAUAAAAAUGAAAAAUUCAAUUCCA